GCUCCAGUUAGAUGACGCAGUGUUUCCGGUGUUUUGGAUGACGUUCCUCUGGCGGAGUCUGGGUUCUGCUGCCAUUUAACGAACAAACUCACCGGCACGGAAGUGUGUCACCGGCACCUGCCAGCUGACUUACUGAGCGCGCUCAGUAGGAGGGCUUCCCUCCACAACAUUCUCAUUCACACAGACGAACUCAGACCGCCAUCAUGGUGCUCGCCGACCUGGGGAGGAAGAUCACCUCAGCGCUGAGGUCACUCAGCAAUGCCACCAUCAUCAAUGAAGAGGUGCUGAAUGCCAUGUUGAAGGAGGUGUGUGCUGCUCUGCUUGAAGCCGAUGUCAACAUCAAGCUGGUCAAACAGCUCAGAGAGAAUGUCAAGUCUGCCAUAGACCUGGAGGAGAUGGCCUCAGGACUGAAUAAGAGGAGGAUGAUCCAGCACGCUGUCUUCAAGGAGCUCGUCAAGCUGGUGGACCCCGGCGUGAAGGCAUGGACUCCCACCAAAGGCAAGAACAAUGUUAUCAUGUUUGUCGGGCUGCAGGGCAGCGGCAAAACUACCACCUGCUCCAAGCUGGCGUAUUAUUACCAGAGGAAAGGCUGGAAGACCUGCCUGAUCUGCGCCGACACCUUCAGAGCAGGUGCCUUCGACCAGCUCAAACAGAACGCUACCAAAGCCAGGAUCCCCUUCUAUGGCAGUUAUACAGAGAUGGAUCCGGUGGUGAUCGCCUCCGAGGGCGUGGACAAAUUCAAAGGGGAGAACUUUGAGAUCAUCAUUGUGGACACGAGCGGACGACACAAACAGGAGGACUCACUGUUUGAGGAGAUGCUGCAGGUCUCCAACGCUGUGCAACCAGACAACAUCGUGUAUGUGAUGGAUGCAUCGAUCGGGCAGGCCUGCGAGUCUCAGGCCAAAGCCUUCAAAGACAAAGUGGAUGUGGCGUCAGUCAUUGUCACCAAACUGGAUGGACACGCCAAAGGAGGAGGAGCUCUGAGCGCCGUUGCAGCCACACGGAGUCCCAUCAUCUUCAUCGGGACGGGCGAACACAUCGAUGACUUUGAGCCUUUCAAGACACAGCCGUUCAUCAGCAAGCUACUUGGAAUGGGCGACAUCGAGGGAUUGAUCGAUAGAGUGAACGAGCUGAAGUUGGACGACAAUGAGGAGCUGAUCGACAAGCUGAAACACGGCCAGUUUACCCUCAGAGACAUGUAUGAGCAGUUCCAGAACAUCAUGAAGAUGGGCCCCUUCGGACAGAUCAUGGGUAUGAUUCCAGGCUUUGGUACAGACUUCAUGAGUAAAGGAAAUGAACAGGAGUCAAUGGCUAGGCUGAAGAAACUGAUGACCAUCAUGGACAGCAUGAAUGACCAGGAGCUGGACAGUAAAGAUGGGGCAAAGCUGUUCAGCAAGCAGCCUAACAGGAUCCAGAGGGUGGCCCGGGGCUCAGGGGUCGCCACCAGAGAUGUUCAGGAGCUCCUGACCCAGUACACAAAGUUUGCCCAGAUGGUCAAGAAGAUGGGAGGCAUCAAAGGACUCUUCAAAGGAGGAGACAUGUCCAAGAACGUGAACCCGUCUCAGAUGGCCAAACUGAACCAACAGAUGGCCAAAAUGAUGGACCCUAGAGUCCUGCACCACAUGGGCGGUAUGGCAGGCCUCCAGUCAAUGAUGCGCCAGUUUCAGCAGGGUGCCGCUGGCAACAUGAAAGGCAUGAUGGGAUUCAACAACAUGUGACCGCUGACCAAUCAGUUGCCUUAAUUACAGGCUCCGCCUCCUGACAAGUGGAGGGGUGGGGCUUAGAGUUACCUGUUCUCUGCUGCUUUCAUGGAGAAACAACAAAUAGAUUGGAGAAGGAGGAGGAGGGUGUUUGGGUUAAUUUAAAUGUAUAAGAUGAAAAUGGAGCAGAGCGUCCUGAUUGGACGAGCUGAUGAUGAUGAAGAAGAUUAGCGAUGUAUUUUUGGCAUUUAAUAAAUGUUUGCACCAUUUUA